GCGCAGAACGGUUCCUUCUAUUCCGAGGUGGGCUCGUGCAGAAGUAGCAGCGUGGUGUGCGCGUGCAGCUGAACUUUUGAAAAGCGAAAAAGAAAUAAUUUUGUUUUUUACGCAUAAGAUCAUACGUUAUUGUCAUCUUUCACGACAGCGUGAAAGCCAGGCAGAAAUGGCAGUAGUACUGCGUUUGCAGGGUCUGAAUAUUGAAGCAGGACAUGAAGAUAUUCGCAAGUUCUUUCAUGGCUUAAGCAUUCCUAAAGGAUGUGUCCAUAUCACCGGGGGAAAGACGGGUGAAGCGUUUAUUAUAUUCAGUUCAGAGAGAGCUGGACAGUUGGCCAUGCUGCAUUCAGGAAAACCUCUCAAAGGGUCGACUGUUACGCUUUACAAAAGCAGCAUGGCCGAAUUUAAGCACAAAAUGGAGUUGAAGUUAAGGAAAAGGAAAUGUGCUUCAGUGGAACGUGAACCAGUGCUUCAGAUAACUGCAACAGAGAUGUACAAGACUUUAUUAUAUCUAGGGGCUGCUGUUCAAGGACUGCAAUCUAAAGUCCAGUCACCACCAGUCAGUCCUACUCCAUCAACAGAUGUACUCAAAUUGAGUAAGGAUGCAAUUGAUGAGAGUCCAAUAGCAUACCAGACACAACCUGUUCAAAAUCAAGUUGCAGAUCCAAGGAAACAUCAUGUGGAAGAGCAACAUGGCGGAGUGAGAGACGUCAGCUCCUGCAAACCAGGUUAUCUUCGGCUUUACGGACUUCCAAAUACGAUCACCAAAGAGGAAGUCUGCCAGUUCCUUGAAGGACUCAGAGUGGUGGAUGUAAUAACAGAUACUUUACAAAGGCAGGACCAGUGUUGUCUAGUGAAGAUGGCCAGUUUUAAGGAGGCUGAGGAGGGCCUGAAUUAUAGCUGUAGAAGCCCAAGAGACUUCCCCGUAGAGGUCAGAUUGGCCCAUGAGAGAAUGUGGGAAAGCGCCAUGGAGCAUCGUGAAAACUCCUUGAGUUCCAUACUCUCUGAGCAGGACAGAUCCUCUCCUGAUAGGCGUUUGCAAAAGAAUUCUCUAGGUAAAAGGCCCGACUCAUUUUGGAGCUCGCCAAAACGGCGGCGCUCUAAUUCUCCCUCUUUUAAUACGGAGUAUUACGUCAUGGUGAGGAAUCUUCCUAAAACGUUUACCAAGAGUGAGAUAAGACACCUGUUUUCAUGUCCUGACAUACCAAACAGUAAAAUCCUGCAUCUGCUAAACAAAUGGAAGGAAAGAACAUCUACCGCCUUUAUAAUAUUUACACAGCCGGAGGACUAUACUUUAGCCAUGAACAUGAAUGGCACUACAGUUUGCUCGCAUACAAUUGACGUCUCAUCCAUUACUAAGGAAAAAAUGAAAGACCUAAUGUCUCAUAACCGUUGUACUGAUCUGGAAAGGCCACAGACUUUCAGUUCAAACUUGAGUCAUCCGUCAGCACGUGGAAUUCCCCCCCUGACGUGAAGUGAAGUUCGUUCAACAAGGAUAACAGCUGGGAAGAGGAUAUCGAGCUGCUUGAGGAUGAAAAGGACAACUUGAGUGACAAGACUGUUAUUCAGCUUGCAUGUGAGGAAGGUGCCAGAGAGGCUCUUGUUCUACAUGGAGAGUGCUUGCUCUGCUUGCCUGAAUUUCACUAAAACAAAACUUGCACAAAGCUUAUUUUGGGUAGUUCUUGUUUUAUAGUAAGAGGAAAUGACAUGUGUUUUUUCAAAUAUUCCACAAAAUGUAAAGAAGGAUGGAGAAAAAUCCUUCAGACAUUCCAUUCUUUAAUACAAGACAAGAAAGCAAAAAAUGUACUUAAGAGUCAAAGUUCUCUGGGAAUAUUCAAGUAUUAAUGACUGUGCAAAUGUGAUGUGAUAUAACAUUUCACUGUUGCUAUUGAAAUGGCAAUUACUGUAUCUGUAUAAUUGCACAAUAAACCAAGAUGUAUUAAAUUA